UUCGUGUAGAAACAAGGACAAGUCGCCUAUAUACGCAGCGAGUAUGCACUUAACUUGGUAGUUACAGUAUAUGGAUUAUCGUUAGCCAUGAGUUAUAGACGCAUAUUACUUACGACACAAUUGGUGACAUAUGUAGCGGCAUGUUUAUACGGCUCGGUAUGCUUUGUUCUAUGCCGCCCUACUAGUGUAGUCUACGAAUGUUCGUUGGCCUAGGCUAUACAAUUGUUGCAAGGUUUAUGUUAGCUUGCUGUAUUCUUCAGGCAUUAGUCGUCUACCCUACCCUAUAUAUCAGAUUGCCGUCGAACUUAAAGUGUAAUAUUACCUUGUUCACAAUGUCACCGAUUCCAGUCCUCCCAAUUGUCAUCAACUGUUGUAUGUCUGCACUUGGGUGCAUGGCCACAAUCAAACUCAUUCCAGCCUUCAAAGAUCAUUUCAUCGCAGCAAGGUUGUAUGGUAUGGACCUGAACAAAACUUCUAAAAAGGAAAUUCCCGAGUCUCAAGGCGUCAUCAGUGGGACGGUGUUCCUCAUCAUCCUGUUCUGUUUCAUCCCGGUGCCUUUCCUCAGCUGCUUUGUGGGAGAGCAGUGUAUGGGCUUCCCACACGAUGAGUUUGUCCAGCUGAUUGGUGCCCUGCUGGCCAUCUGUUGUAUGAUUUUCCUGGGCUUUGCUGAUGACGUACUGAACCUGCGCUGGAGGCAUAAGCUCCUGCUCCCCACCAUGGCCUCCCUGCCUCUGCUCAUGGUCUACUUCACCAACUUUGGCAACACGGUCAUCGUGGUGCCCAAGCCCUUCAGAGUCCUGCUGGGGAUGCACUUGGAUCUGGGGAUUCUUUACUACGUCUACAUGGGAAUGCUGGCAGUGUUCUGUACGAACGCUAUCAACAUCCUGGCGGGUAUCAACGGUAUCGAGUCAGGACAGGCCCUCUUCAUCUCCGGCUCCAUCAUCAUUUUCAACCUGCUGGAGCUGGGCGGAGACUACCAGGACGACCAUGUAUUCUCCUUGUACUUCAUGCUACCAUUCUUCUUCACCACUUUGGCACUUUUCUACCAUAAUUGGUACCCCUCGUCUGUGUUUGUGGGUGACACGUUCUGCUACUUCGCUGGGAUGACGUUUGCUGUGGUGGGCAUCCUGGGCCAUUUCAGCAAAACCAUGCUGCUCUUCUUCAUCCCUCAGGUGGUCAACUUUGUCUACUCACUGCCACAGCUUUUCCACAUCGUCCCCUGCCCCAGACACCGUCUCCCCAGACUAAACCCAGACACGGGAAAAUUAGGAAUGAGCUACUCCAAAUUCAAAAGGAAGGACCUUUCCAAAUUAGGAGACCUAAUACUAAAGGUGGCAGAGAUGCUACAGUUGCUGGAGGUACAGAGGGGGCAGGAAGAAGAUGACGAAUUUGUGGAGUGUAACAACAUGACUUUAAUUAAUCUAGUGCUUAAGUUUAUAGGACCUACUCAUGAGAGAAACCUCACAACCAUCAUGCUACUCAUACAGGUGUUUGGGAGUGUUGUGGCUUUUGGAAUCCGCUACCAUCUGGUGCGACUCUUCUAUGAUGUCUAGAGAGACAAGGCUGAGAGACUACAGUGAUGUCAGUACUGGAACACUCCUCUCUUAUGCUACCUGACUGAGUCUUCGAUUAUUGCUUUACCUCUCCUUUACAACUUUUGAGACUGGCCCAUUUACAACAAGACUUUAGAGGGGUUCUUUUCCCCUCUUCUUCCCAGUCAAGUAAACAGGAUGAUGGACAGAGGAUACUGCCGGGUCACUGCAGUAGAUCAAAUCAAGAAUCUGUAUCUUGAAUGAAACAUUUUGCAGUUGUGGAUGAAGCACUGAAAAGCAAUCAAACCAAUGUAAAGGAAUGAGAGGUCCAAGCCCAUCCCGUUCGAAGUCUAUAUUGAAUACAAAUACUUUUUGGCACAUGUUUCAUAGGGAGAGAUUGGGAAUAGUAGUGAAUACUAUCUGGUGUGGGAGUUAGAUACUAAGAAAGCCAAAGUAGGGUAAGUUGAAGGGAUAGGUGGAAGUUUCUUACAUUGGUGUUUUGACAUUGGUUAAUUCUUGAGAUUUAUAUGUAUGGACAUGCUCAUAUGAAAUGUAUAAAUAAUAUGUUCUCAAUACAAACGUUUUGGGAAGCUUUCUUAUGUGAAGCUCUCAUGUGAUUUGACACUGACAUUCUGCUUGGUGAAGAAAGGCAAGAAUUCUAAAACGUUAUUGUGUCUGUUGUUGGUAUGGAAUGGACAAAAU